AUGCGGGAAAGCAUCAGGACCAGACGGGAUCCCGCCAGAAGCACUGAGAACAGAUGCAGAGACAACAGCGGACAUGCUCACACCACUAUUGCAGAAGGUGUGGAAGGAAGAGAAGGUACUUGCCUAUUGAUUGGAAGAAGGGUUACCUUGUCAAACUGCCGAAGAAAGGAGACCUCAGUGUUUGCAAGAACUGGCGCGGAAUCACUCUCCUGUCCACCCAAAGCCAGCAAAAUAUUAAGCCGCAUCAUCCUGGAGAG